AUGCUCGGCGUAGGUCAGGCUACUGUCAAUGGAAACCCCCAGAGUGGGCUGCGUGAGGCUAAUGCAGAAGAGUAUGUGACUAAAAAAAGUGGAGGAACAGGUGAAAGACUCUUCGCACUGCCUCUACUGUUACCAACAUCUUCUGGUGGUGGCAUCUUCAACAACAAACAACAACAAGAAAAAAACGAAGAAGUCGAGACAUUCGCAUCCACAGAGAGACGUCGGACGCAGAGUGAUAAACAUGAGUGCGAGAUGAGAACCGCAUCCUCCUUUUUCCUUUCCAUUCUGGUCUUGUUCCAUUACAACCAUCACCUGCGCAACAAUGCCCAAGUUCUCGGUAUCUUCGACACCUGGAGGACUUCUUACUCGAGGUUGGUGGAGGAUCCGAACAACUACGGUCUCAACGGCUACGAGAAACGGAUUGCUUUUACAGGUCGUGUGUUCGUGACGAUGCUGGGCUAUCCUCAGAGAUGUGAGCGCAAAGGGGUGUCCCACGCCUGCACCCUUUCGUUUGCCUGUUGGAUGGUGGGUGGAUCGAGCCAGGCCGGGUGCGGCGCGAACCCAUGGCUCGUCGCCUGUUGCGUAACCGGACGCAAGAUGAAGCCGGUCCGGAUCGAUUACAGUGAUGAUGAUGUCAAUGAUCUGGCCGACCAACCUUUUUUGGAGUCGAAGGACUUGAUGUCCAACUCGUUGCGGAGAGACGUUGAGGAUGAAGGGUGCGGUCUUUCCGCGGAUCGAGUACUUGCGAAGAGGAUCAUUGGAGGCGCUGAAGCCAGGUUCGGACAAUUCCCUUGGCAAGCCCACAUCAAGAUCUCAUCCUACCAAUGCGGAGGCGUCUUAGUUUCCAGACGGUUCGUGGCCACUGCAGCUCAUUGCAUAAUCAGGGCUAGAUUACGCGACAUCACGGUUUAUCUAGGCGAAUUGGACACGCAGGAUACAGGAAAAGUCCUGGAAUUGGCUCCAGCUGAACUACAUCGUGUACGUAAGAAGAUACUGCAUCCCGAGUUUAUGUUCAGAACUACGCAGCCGGACAGAUUCGAUCUGGCUUUGUUGGAGAUGGUCACAGAGGCUGGUCAUUCUUUUCAUAUAGUACCUAUAUGUCUACCCCAUGUCAGUGGGAUGGCAUUGAAUCUUCCGGGAAGGAAAGCCAUCGUCGCAGGAUGGGGAAAAAUAAAGCCGACCAAUUCCCUUUCUGGCACAAACGUCCUCAGGAGCGCCUCUGUUCCCAUAUUGAGUAUAGAAGAAUGCAUAUCCUGGCACAAGACGAAGCAGAUAAAGGUGGAGCUGCACGAUGACAUGCUUUGUGCAGGAUACGAGGAUGGACGACAGGACGCAUGUUUGGGGGAUUCCGGUGGACCUCUGAUCGUGUUAGAGGAUGGAAGAUGGACGCUCGUGGGGAUAACCAGUGCAGGAUUCGGAUGCGGGGAGCAUCAUCAGCCGGGGAUUUAUCAUUCCGUCGCCGUCACGGCCAACUGGAUACGAUCAGAGAUAGAGAAAAUUGAGCUAUAAAUCAUUGCAACCCCCUGGGUACUAAUUGCUCAACUACAACUCCGUAGAAGUCAAUUAGAGAAUGAAUUUAAACCGAG